CGUCGACCUCACGCGACAACAAACUCGGGCGAGGACACAAUCAAUGCUCGUCAUUCACGCUCGGCACAUAUACGACAACAACAACAACGGCGACGACAACACACGACCCAUCACGCGUCACCCCUGCCCAUCACCUCCUGAUCGUCACCCCACUGAGGAGUCAGCUGUCCCAGCCCUGAUAUCCCGGACGGAGCCCACGGCCUGCCUGACCACCGUCGUCCAGUCCGCGCCGUGGCCUCGAUUCCCUUCUGCUACACGACUGAGCCGUAGUUGAUCCACGUGAUGGCCGCAGGUACCGUGUUCGACUUGCUGAGCAUGGCUUCAAGGCACAGAACAUUUCCAUUUCAGCUGAGUAUCAUUACUAUUUAACAACGAAAGCCGGGCACGUCCGAACAGGCCCCUUUUGAAGACUGCAGGUUCACCACAAGUAGACCCAUAAAACAAAGCUGAGCAGUGGAAGCGCAUGCCCAGAGCGCGCAUAUGCACACGUCGCUGCCGAAGAGGUAGUGCUGGACGCAGUAGAGGACGUGGACGUAGCCGUGGGCCUUACGACCGUGACCGAACCGGUCAAAGAACUUGUCACGAGCGGGGUGGUCAGUACCGAAGACGUUGUUGACGCUUCCGCCUGGUUCCUCCCGUGAGCACCACUGGCCUGCCACAUACGGCGCUUGAACAAACUUUGCAACACUCACCAGAAGACUCCCCAUCACCUGGUCGAAGUUACUGCAGAACCCGAAGCCGGGCAGGUUCUCCGUCGCCGCGGUUGUCCUCUUGCAUGUAACAUUGCCCAAGUACCCACACGUGUACCCCAAGGCCUGCACGUCCGCUCCGCACAGGCACGAAGAUUUGUCUGCGACGGACGAAUACGCAGUCUGGCAGCUCUGUAGAGCUGCUGAGGCGCUGACGCAUGCGUCUGCGAACGUGGUGCAUACGUUCGCGUCGUACGAGGCUGUGAUUGACGAAACCACCGGUGUGGUGGGCGCGAAGCUGAUAUGCUUGUCGCAAGCACUGUGCCACGUGUUGGCGAGAUCCUCCGCAUCGUUGUCGAGAGCUCCGUUGCCGUAGCAGAGACGCUGCUCGCUUUCGCAACUAUGGUGACCUCAGUCGUCAGAGGGCGCUAACGUACGCAACCAGUCUGAUGGUGGACUCUUACUCGAAGAUCUCGUUGAAUAGGGACUGCUUGCAAAAGCAAUUGAUCAAAUCCGUCUCGGUGCUUGUCGCGUUGCAUAUGUCAAUAUUAGCGUAUAGAGCGUUGCAAUUCGUGAAUUCGGUCACUCCGCUUCCUGGAAUGCAUUUGGAAGCGUCGAGAGUGGUUUGCGAGGCCACUAUGCCGACCAAUGUACUGAAGACCACCACUGAUAUUUCUUUCAUGCCGAGAUUUCGGAUAAGGCAGAUAUUCGAGUUUGAAAAAGACUCUAGAGGUUUUCUGGAUCGUCGAAGGACUGCAAUUGAGAACUACAUCUGUUUUCUAUACGUUCCAGUCAAAAAUCUAGACCUUUCCCACAACGGUCAGGCUGAAGUUCCGAUGUAUCAGUAUACAAGUACUCUGGUGGCUUUUUCCAAUGGAUCGUGCCGUUGGGCCUAGGCCGUGGUCUAACACGGCACUCUCCGUUUCGCAAGGCUUGUCAACGCGGCUCAGUAAACGAGCUGAAAACAAGCAUCUGCCAAUACCCCGACAUAUUGCUUGGCUACACCAUCGGAUCCGCCGCCCAAUCCAUACUGUGUGUCUCGAUGCAGGCCUACGGUUGGCCAGAUUUUGACUCGAUUGGUUGAUCCGAUACUCGAGACGGCACUCGUGGACACCAACUGGCAAGCCCACAGGCGAGUGGUACACUCGAGCAGUCAGGGUCGCCAUCGAAGCACUGUUCGUUUGUGUGGUCCGUCGAGAAGCCUUGCUGAUGCUACGGAACUGGCCGUGUGGCAUAGACAGUUUAUUGAUGCUUGAGGACCAAGGCCAUACAUCUCCGCAAGUGUUGUUUAGGGUCGCGUUGCCAGACCCUCACUAUGCCUGAGAAGCGCUGUCCACAUGUGUCUCCUGCCUGGAUGGCCUUCAUCUUGUCCAAGUCAUUUUUUACGCGAGAGAAACCAGUAUCACAUCGGCAUUGGAGAUUCCUGAAGCUACGUGAACAUGGCUCGGCCUACCACCUGGAAGUCAAGUCUACUCAAGAAACGAACACUCAUACCUAUGGUGCUUUUAGAAGUAGGUAUCAUUGUAACGAUACUUGUGCUUGAGCGUCUCUCGGCUUCUCACAAUGGCAUAACAAGCGUCAGAAGUGUCCCAUCGAUACCGAUUCUGAAUUUCUCAAUCACGAAUAUCUCAUGGAGUUAUGGACUUUUGUGGACAGCUCUUCCAGCGUUCCUAAUGACACUGUACCGUAUGGCUUGGGACGCUGUGGUCAACGCGACAGCGGAUCGACAGCCUUUCCUUGAGCUGUCGCACACCGAGGCGGAAGCGUCCAACAUGCGAAAGACGGUCAUGCUGGAUUAUCGCAACUAUCCAUCCUGGUAUUCUUGGGCAAUAGCUUUUUCGCGUGGACACUGCAUCAUUGGGAUGGCCAUGCUUCUGAGUAUUGUCCUGUCUGUCGCCGUGGUCCCAUUAACGUCGCAUCUGCUGGCUGCUUCCUCAACUUUCAUAUCCGCCCCGAUCAACUUGACGUCUUCCAACAGUUUUGACGACCAGGCAGUCAACGCACAAACUGAUCUGCAAGCAGCAAUCAACAUUGCAGGCGCAGUCUCUGUAUUCGACGCAACGCCACCCCCGUGGUCAACAGACCAGUACGCAUUCGAUCCAUUCAAUACAAGCGACGUUGCAAAGGUUGGCAACAUCACCGCCAAUGUAACGGCAUAUUCCGCGCUUCUGGACUGCCGGGUCUUGACAGGCUCAGAUAUCAGCGUCACUUCUAGCGACGGAACUGUGACAGUACAGGGCAUCGACAGAGACUGUUCAAUGCCAAGCCAGAAUCUCAUCACCAGCACCAACGAGUCAAUUUACAUGUUGAGCUGGAGCACAGUUCAGUGUGAUGCAGCAGCUCACUAUAGCCGCUUUGGCAUCAUUGCGGCAAGUGCUUCCAACACGUCGGCAAAUCAACUAGCACACUUUACCGUCCUGUCUUGCAUCCCUUCGUACUGGACAACCCAAGGUCAACUCACCGUAGAGCACACGUCCAGCGGCAGUCCCGCCUUUGCCGGCUUUUCUGCAAACGAGAGCAGUGCGCAGGAGAUCCGGCCCUUUUUCUACAAAGUGCUGGAGAACUCACUGUCGACGUACAAGUCGUUUGAUGUUUCGAACACUUUUCAAACAGACGCGUGGGGACGGUUGGUGUAUCAGCUAGCCAGCCGCAUGAACUCGUCUGAUCCACUGGAUUCAACAAAUGUCAAGAACUCCAUGGAGACUCUGUGGUCAUCGUUCUUCGCAUCUCUGGCCAGCACAUACCUGUUUCCCUCCACGGGCACCUCUCGGCAGUUUGGCGGAAUCUUCACAGAACAGGUCACCCGGCUUUUCGUUGUACCCCCUGUCGCGUGGACCAUCGCGGCCGUACUCUGUCUCGUGCUGAUUUGCAACAUUUUCCUGAUCACAUAUUCUCGGAAGCGCGAGUUUGUGCUGAAAGAAGAGCCAAGGGGACUUCUUGGUAGCGCGGUGCUGCUACAAGACAGCGAUCUCUUCAACAUUCUUACCCAGCUGCGAGGACAGCCGCCAGCUCCAAUUCCGGUACGGCGUACUUUGGAGAGAACUUACAAACUUGACGCUAUUCGAUGCUGGUAUGACAGGGAGAGCAAUCGCAUACGGGUUUCCGGAUUCCCUUUCACGCAGAAUUCCGACGCAAGCACCCCGCUACAGACGCCGCCUCGGAAUGCUGACGCCUAGCAUAGUCAAAUAUGAAGUUGACUUGGAUCGAGCAGCGACAGUGAGAAGAAGAAAGAAGAGUUUGGCCCUCCUUGGCUGGAAUGACGAGUUACACUGUGUACGGCUCAAAAACUCAAAAAACCUCGAAAG